AUGGUCUCCGCAGUACUUAUUGUUUUGAUUUUCUCCACUUUCCUACCUUCCUGCACCUCCUUCCCCAAACCUGGAAAUUAUACAGACCAUCAAGCUUUGCUUUCACUGAAGGCAAGCAUAGUAACAGAUCCUCUUCGGUUUACUACCUCCUGGAAUGAGUCCACUCAUUUCUGUGAAUGGUAUGGAGUCACUUGUGGUCGCAAGCACCAGAGAGUCACCAAACUUGAUUUGCAAUCAAGCAAUCUUGGAGGCUCUUUGUCACCCUCCAUUGGUAACUUGAGUUUUCUCAGGGAAUUAAUGCUCUACAACAAUAGCUUUCAAGGCAUAAUUCCGGAGGAGAUUGGUCGCCUGUCAAGAUUACAAGUGCUUAAUCUUAGGGGUGAACUUCCCAGUACCCUUGCUACAUUGAGUGGCUUGUUUGAUCUCAACAUCAGGAACAAUUUUUUCCAUGGAGUUAUCCCCCCUUCUUUUAGCUCUUUAAAAAGCCUUCAAACUUUAGAUCUGUCUUGUAAUAACCUCACGGGUGAAAUCCCGAAAUUCCUUGGUAAACUUCAAUUCUUAAACCACCUAAAUUUAUCUUCCAAUGAUUUUUACGGUGAGAUACCGAUUGAAGGAAUCUUCAAAAACCAGAGUGGUGUUGAGCUUAGUGCUAACAAGCAGCUCUGUGGAGGCAUUCCUCAGUUUGGAUUGCCAAAGUGCAUCAGAGAAGGGGAAAGACAAGAUCGUCUAUCACGCAACAAAAAAUUGGCAAUAUUCAUUUCGAGUGGGACUCUGAUUUUGAUAUUGGUGGCUCUCUUUGUGUUUGUUUACAAGUGGAAGAAGAAGCAGUCUUCAUUGUUGGAAUCAACAAUAGAAAUCUCCCCUAGGAUGUCUUACUGGACUCUCCAAAAGGCAACUAAUGGAUUCUCUGAAUCCAAUAUAAUUGGUUCAGGAAACUUCAGCACAGUUUACAAAGGCAUUCUUGAGGAUGGUUUAACAUUUAUUGCAAUUAAGGUGAUCAAAGUUCAUGUAAGAGGAGCAUCCAAGAGCUUUCUUACUGAAUGUGAAGCAUUGAGACGAAUUAGACAUCGAAACUUGGUAAGAGUUUUGACAUCUUGUUGUAGCAUCGACCAUGAAGGGAAUGACUUCAAGGCCAUAGUCUACGACUACAUGAGCAAUGGUAGUCUCGACAAUUGGUUGCACGAUUCCGAGAAUUUGAACUUGUUACAAAGGGUGAAUAUCGCAAUUGAUGUAGCAAUGGCACUUGAUUACCUUCAUAAUCAUUUGGAGAAUCUUUUAGUACAUUGUGAUUUGAAGCCAAGCAAUAUCUUGUUGGAUGAGGACUUGGUUGCUCAUGUUGGUGAUUUUGGACUAGCAAAAUUUCUUCCCAUAAAAGAUACACCUGCAUCUUCAUCUAUCGGAAUUAAAGGGACGGUUGGAUAUGCAGCUCCAGAGUAUGGGAUGGGAAGUGAUCUGUCAACAUGUGGCGAUAUGUAUAGUUAUGGAAUCCUUUUGUUAGAAAUAUUCACCGGUAAAAGUCCUACUAGUGAUAUCUUCAAUAAUGGGUUAACUCUUCAUAACUAUAUUAAAAUGGCCAUACCUGAGCAAGUCAUUGAGAUUGUGGAUCCAAAGCUAUUCCACGAAGAAGCUAAUGCAACACCUAAAACUUUUGUACUUGGGGACCGGAUAUUAGAAUGUCUUGUGUCAAUUUUUAAGAUUGGAAUUGCUUGUUCUAUGGAGUUACCCAGGGACAGAAUGAACAUUGGCAAUGCCAUCAAGGAGUUGCAGUCAAUCAAAGACACCCUUGUGCAACUUGGGGACAUUAGUACCAUUCCUCGCAGAGUGUGCAAGGUUAACAAUCCUGAGAAAGUAGUACCAUAAGCGUAUAAUUCAGAGAUUGAGAUCACACAAGGCAGCAAAUUCUGGAGAUUAUUGAUUCAUUUCAAUUAGUCUUGAUCAAGAAUUUUAUUUUAUUUUAUUUCCUUUAUGAUGUUUGGUUAAUUUUGGAGCUUUUGCAGUUAAUUACUUUACUUUAAACACUGCUUCUCUUUUGCACUCUCUGGAGUCUGGAGUUUACUGAUUUUUCAAUGAUAUUCAUUUUCCAGUUAAA